AUGGAGGGGAAGCCGCUGCAUCUCCUCCUCCCCCACCCUCGCCUCCCACCCCCAGCCCCCCUCCCUACCCACCGCUUCCCGGAGCCCCGCCUCCGCCUCUCCCUCCACCACCGCAACCCGAAGGCGAGGCAGCUCGCCUUCUCCUCCCGGCCGCCCAACGGCCAAUCGGCCACGCCCGCCCGCGGAGGAUGGGAGUGGGCGCGGGGCGCCUCCGCGACGGCGGCGCUGGCGCUGGCGCUCCACCUGGCCGCCUGCUCCCUCCUCAUCCUCUUCCCCGCCCCGGCGGCACGCGCGUGCGCCCAGCCGCCCCCUCCACCCGCCGCCGUGGAGGCGAACGAGCAGGAGCAGGGCGACGAGGAGUGGGAGGCCGCGCUGCAGCAGUGGAAGUCCAAGGCCUACGCGCUCUCCGUGCCCCUGCGCGUCGUCGCGCUCCGCGGCUCCUUCCCUCCCGCGUGGAUCAAGGAUUUCGUCGAAGCACAGGGGAAGAGACUCAAAUUCAGCCCUGAGUUCCGCCCUAGUAUUGACGCGCUUUUCUCUGAGUUGUCAAAAUGUGUGGACAAAGGUCAGGUUCAGCCCAAAUCCGCGAUGGCGGCUGAUGUCGUUUCUAUAGGGGACUCUUGGCUCGGCUACGCCAUUCGUAAGGGACUGGUAGAACCUAUCAGCAAUGCUGAAGAGCAGGACUGGUAUCGGAGCCUGAGUGACAGAUGGAAGGUUCAUUUGUGCAGGAACCAGAAUGGAGAGGCAGAUUCUAAUGGCUCAGUAUGGGGUGUUCCAUAUAGAUGGGGCACUGUGGUCAUUGCGUACAAGAAAAGCAAGUUUAAGCAGCAUAACUUGAAGCCAAUACAGGAUUGGGAGGAUUUGUGGAGGCCUGAACUAGCCGGGAAGAUUUCAAUGAUUGAUUCUCCUAGAGAAGUAAUUGGUGCAGUCCUUAAGCAGUUGGGAUCAUCAUAUAACACGAUUGACAUGGAAACAGAAGUUGAUGGUGGUAGGGAAGCAGUCCUAAGCAGCUUUACACAGCUACAAAAACAGGUCCAGCUAUUUGACAGCAUGAACUAUCUGAAAUCGUUUGGAGUUGGGGAUGUUUGGGUCACAGUGGGUUGGAGCAGCGAUGUCAUCCCUGCUGCAAAGCGAAUGUCCAAUGUUGCUGUUGUUGUUCCCAAGUCAGGCAGUAGCCUCUGGGCUGAUUUAUGGGCGAUACCUUGUGCUACAAGGUUUCAGACUGAUAAAAUCGGGGGCAGAACUAGAGGCCCAUCUCCACUCAUCCACCAGUGGUUCGACUUCUGUCUGCAGAGUGCCAGAAGCUUGCCCUUUCGCCAGGAAAUCACCGCAGGAGCAUCGCCGCUGUUCCUCGAAAACCCAGCUCCAGAGGUUCUGCAAGAUCGAAACAAGAAGAAGCCAAAGCUGGAGAGUAACCUUGUCAGGGGAGUACCUCCCCCUGAAAUCCUGGAAAAAUGUGAGUUCUUAGAACCUCUAUCAGACAAAGCGGUGGGUGACUACCAGUGGUUGAUGUCGAGAGUGCAGAGACCACGCGGCGGUCUGCUUGGAAACGUGCUGCAAAGGAUAUCAACCGUGCUAGACUUGAAAUCGAGAUUUUAG